AACGGUACGUUUUGAUGCGUUAGAGGAGGUACGGUAUGUACGAUUACCAGAACCGAUAUCACCUCUUCCAAUUCGUUUCAGAAUGCAGAAGUAUGUACUGCGAUCAUGGGUCGCUCCAAGCAAGGCCGUCCCAUCAAGCGACGUCGCGUAGUCUUAGAAGCAGAUGAUUCAGUCGUCGCAGAGGAACAAACCACGUUUGCCGAGCAGCAGCAGCAGCAGGGAGAAGAAGAACUAGCGAAAGCUAUCGAACUGCUUCGAAAGACUCCUCAGGACAGAGUUGAGGCGGCGGCAGCCGAAGCUACUCGUUUGGAUCUGUCGAGAAAGGACCGCUGGGUUCACUUGAAGUUACCGAAGACUUCAUCGAUCCCCCUAACAACUAUGUCGGCAGUCGUUUUCGACGAUGAAGACACCAUGCCAAUAUCCAGAGCUAUCGACGACGACGAUUCUGCGACAAUUCCUGUUGAGGGUACAACAAUAGAUAGCACCACAUUCGUUUCUCAUGUUCCACCUUGGUUGGGUGGCUUGGGGUUUGCUCGUCUGUCAAGGGAAGACUUCGUUGCAUUCCGGAAAUUGCACCAGGCCAUCAAGGAUCGUAUUAAUAACACCAACAAACAUGCACAAAAGAAGAAUGGGUCCACCUCAACAUCCUCGAAGUUGGGAUGGGCAUCGUGGUCGGGAUCCGUGAAUGAUCCACGAAAACGAGCUUUUGGAUUCCUUCCGGGAACAUGGGUAAGCACAGCUCAUACAUAUGUAAAGAGCGAAACAAACUAGACCGUGCUAAACUAUUAGAUCAUUCAUGGCCUCCCUUGACCUGAAUUCGAAGCUCACCCACUCCCGUGACCUGCUUCUUGAAUUCCAAUUUAACAUUCCGAAUUAACAGGGCUACGAUCCAGAAACGCGUAACAAUAGACUUGAUAUUACCAUGCCAGAAACUUAUGUGGCGGAGGAUACAAAAACAGACGAACGUAAGCGGAAUAAGCGUGAAAUGGUGGUGUUGGAUGAAUCCGAUGUGCCUGAUGGCGUCCGCGAAGCGAUAGAUAAUAUAUGUCGAGUCUUUCGAGAAUGUCUUUUGUCAAAAAAUGAACGUUGCGAUGCAACACCCAAUGCUCAUGACAACGACAGCGGUUAUCGCCAUCGGUUGGCCCAAUUUCUACGUUACGAAAACUUGGUUGCAGCACAGCCGAAUCUACACUCGGGGAGAGCUCUGUUACCCGUACAUUUAGAUGAUCCAUUAAAGGAUGGAUUUGGAGUGGUCAUCGUGACGAUUGGGGUAGAGGGUUCCGGGACGAUUCUUUUUAGGGAUGCGAAGGGAGUGAAAAACGGUGUGACCAUGAACCUUGACGAGGGGGAAGUAUAUAUGUUGGCGGACAGAGCGCGUGAUGCAUGUGCCCAUGGAGUGUUGGCAGACGCAAGGAAGGAAGAUUGCACCAGCGAUGGCAUUCCCUUCUCUAAACGAGAAUCCUUAAAUUUGCGGUUUGGAUUGCACGAUGCGAUGCUUCCACCAAGUAUUGUCAAUGGUACCAACGAUGCAGCUUCAUCAUCUUUGCCUGUGAUUCCCGCGUGUAAUGUUUUUCGUCAUUGGGAUGAAUAAGUACCUGCUAGAAGGGCUGAAAUAAAGUAAUAAUAGAAUCAUAUUAUCAUU